UAAAAGAAGAUGAAAAAAAAAUGAUAAAUAAUUUAACAAUAAAUUCAAAGACAAAUGAUAUUGAUGAUGUUAAUGAUAAUCCAGAUGAUUUAGUUGUUGUUGCAAGACUUGAAACUCCAAUAUCAUCAACACUACAAGAACGUUUUCUUAGUAUAAAAGAAAUUGUUAAAAGAUCAAUAUUACAACAUCAUACAUUUAUGAUUUAUGGUCGUGCCAAAAUAAUACGUGAAUGUUUAUUAAAAAGAGGAUGGAUUGAAAAAUUAAAUCGUCGUAAUAGUAAUGACCAACAAAUACAACAACAACAACAGUUACAACCACAACAACAACUUCAAUCACAACAGCAACAGCAACAACAACAAUUACAAGGAUUAACAAAUCAACAAACAAUGGGUAUUGAUACAAGUCCAGUUAUAUUAUUAUCAGGUGUUGGUGAUUUAAAAGAUGAACAAAGUCAACGUUUAUUAAUGUCAAAAAUGUUAUCAAAUUAUACUGUUGAUUUAUUAUGGAAUUCUGGAUCUGAUUGGCCUGGUUGGCCAUCACAAGAUAAUAAAAAAACAAUUUUUAAUCGUUUUACUAGAGCUGCAUUCACAUCAAAAAUUGGAUUAUGUACAAAUGUCAGACAAAUGCAUUGGUUUUAUGAACCAGGUAUUGCAAAUACACUAUUUCCAAGAUGUUAUAAUAUUUGUCAAGCUGAUCAUAUGCAUGCAUUUAUUGAAGAUUUUCGAAUGACAGCUUGUUUAAGUUUGCUAAAAUGGUUUGUUGAUAAAAUAAAUAAUGAAGGUGAAAAUACAAUAAUUUCAUCAACUGGUACAGUACCAUUAAAAAUGAUGGAUUUUGCAAUUAAAAGAUGUAGUGAUUAUAUUGAGGCAUUAUUACAUGAAGACAUUGACAAAGAUGGAGAAAGAGUUUGGCAACAUCAAUGGGAUCAAUUUAUAUCUUGUUAUUAUAAAAUAAUACAAAAUGAUGAAUUAUUUAUUAGCAUAAAUACUUCACUCAAUAAAUAUCAUCAAGCAUCAAAACAUAUUUUAAAAAGAAUGCGUAUUUAUUGGCAACAAUUAGAUAUGGAUGGUAUUCAAAAUAUAUGGAUAUUAAAACCAGGAAAUAAAAGUAGAGGACGUGGUAUUGUAUUAGUUAAUAAAAUUGAAGAUGUUAUUGCUAAAAUUAAUCCAGCAAAUAAAUCAGAUACACGUUUUGUUGUACAAAAAUAUAUUGAAAAACCAUUAUUAAUAUACAAUACAAAAUUUGAUAUUCGACAAUGGUUUAUUGUAACAUGUGCACAACCAUUAACUCUAUGGAUGUACAGAGAAAGUUAUUUAAGAUUUUGUACACAAAAUUUUCAAUUAGCUGAUCUUCAUGAAUCAAUACAUCUUUGUAAUAAUGCAAUACAAUGUAAAUAUAAAAAUAGUACUGAUCGUCAUCCAGCUCUUCCAAUUGAUAACAUGUGGGAUUCAACAACAUUUAAGCAAUUUUUAGAUACACAAGGUCAUACAAAUGUAUGGGAUGAAUUAAUAUAUCCUGGAAUGAAACAAGGACUUGUUGGUUCACUUUUAGCUAGUCAAGAAGCUAUGGAUAGACGUAAAAAUAGUUUUGAAUUAUAUGGAGCUGAUUUUAUGAUAAUGGAUGAUUUUACAGUAUGGUUAAUUGAAAUAAAUAGUCAUCCAGAUAUGAGUAAUUCUACAAGUGUUACAACUAGAUUAUGUAAACAAGUCAUGGAAGAUACAAUAAAAGUUGUUGUGGAUUAUCGUGAAGAUAAAAAUUCUGAUACUGGAUUAUUUGAGUUAAUUUAUAAACAAAAAAUACCAAAUUGUCAGCCAUAUUUAGGUACUGCAUUAUCAGUUCAAGGACAAAAAAUAACAACAAAUGAUAAAAAAUUAUAUAUUGAUUCAAAAACAGUACCAAAAUUACCAAUGAGCUGUUUACCAAAAAAAAAAUUAAAUGCUAAUAGUUAUAUUGGACCAGUAAUUGUUGAUUUAAUUGAAGAAUUAGAAAUUCAAUUAGAUAGAGAAUUACAAACUUAUUGUAAAUUAGAAUCACCAGAUGAUUCAGUAAAUUCAUCACCAGUUAUAUCAUCAUCAAUAUCACCACAAAGUACUUCUUUAAAAAUUGAUAAAAAUCAAUUAACAACAAAUGGAAUAAAUGGAAUUGCAUCAAGUACAAAAUCACCAGAGCCAAGUCGAAAAAAUAGUAGUAAAAUAAUAAAACUUAAAAAAGUCAAUGAUGUACAACAAAAAAAUUCAAUAAAAAAAAUUAAAAAUCGACGUGAAAUUGCUAAAACUGCUGGUGAAUUGAGAACAGAUAGUUUAAUAAAAAAUAAAAUAUCAAGUGAAGAAAAAUUAAUUAGUUUGGCAAUGAAAAAUGCUAUGAAUAAAUAUAAAAUAUAUGGAACAUCAUCGAUUGAAGUACCAGCACUACCAUCACUUAUUGUACCUUCAAAAUCAAUAAGUCGAGUAACACGUUCAUCAUCAUUGAGUAAUAAUAAAAUACGUCAAAAAAGUAAAAUUAAAAAAGUCAAAGAUUCAUCAGUUGUUGAUGAUAUAUACGCAGUUGGUCUUGGCAUAACAAAAUAAAAUAUAAUAAUAUAAUUUUUCAUUUCUUCUUAUUUUCUUCUUUCACAAACUGUACAUAAUAAAUGUUUUGGCAAUAAAAUACAACGUCUAUUUUAUUUAUUAUAUUCAAAAAAAAAAAAGAAAAAAAAAAAAAUUAAUUAUUAUCAUUAAUGAAUCUAGUUUAUUAUUAAAUUAUUUAUCAAUCUUGUAGACGAAAAAAAAAAAAAGAAAGAUUUUAUUAAUUAUUUGUUUGUCAAUUUAUUUCCUAUCAGAACGAAAAAAAAAAUAUAUAUAAAUAAAUUAAAUUAAAUGCCCUAAUCAAAAACAAUUAGAAUUUUUUUUUUUAUGUAAAAAAAAAAACUUUAAACUCAAUAAUUCAGUUAUUUAAAAUCUGAAUUAAAUUUGUUUUUUUUUUCUUUUUAAUUGUAUACAAAAUGUAGAUCAUUAUAAAAUUUAUUUAGCAACGAUCUUGCGUAUUUUUCUUUUAUCUAAGAAAUCAAUAAGGAUAUUCAUGAAAAAUAUUUAAACAAAAAUUAGUCAAAGUUAAUUGAACGAGGAAAAAAAAAAAAGGAAUAAAUAAAAUUUUUCAUUUAAUUUACAAAUUGACUAUUCAUGCAAUAAUAAUUAAUAAAAUUCCCCUUAUUUUUUUUUUUGAAUCGUCACGCAAAUAAAUUUCACUCGAUUCACAUAAUCAUCUUCAUUAUCAUCAUCUUCAAUAUAUCACAAUAAAAAUUAAUAUCCACAGAAAAAAAUAUAUAAAAAAAAAAAGAAAGAAUUAAUUAAUAAUAAUAAUAACACUAUUUUUUUUAUUUUUUUUUUUUUUUCACACGACUCACGUAACAGGUUGUUUCAAUGAAAAUGAUAAUUUUGGUCUUGAAUUAUUUUUUCCAAGUAUUUUUUUUUGUUCUUCUUUAACACGUUUUUCCUGUUCUUUUUUCAUUUUUUGUCGUUC